UCCGUUGCUUGUUGCUAGAAACAAGUAAAAAAACAAAACAAGAAAAAGAAAUGGACCAGUCGUGUUUAACAGUGCCCGGUGUCAUUGCGGCGUUGCGCGGUUUCAUCACACCAACUUCGAUAGCGUCUGAUUCCAUCCAAAUUCCAAACACCACAUUGGUUCUUCCCGUUUCCUCAAAAAACUACCAUAUCCAUUGCAUACAGAUACAGCGAAAUUAGGUUUCAGAGAAGCGGAAAUGGCAUCGGUGGCACAGGAAGCUCAGCGAGCGCUUAAUAUCCAGCCUCCAAAGACUAAACUGAAGGCUCGAAGAUUGAAAGGUCACAAAGAUAGCACUAACUGCUGCAUUGCCUCGUCUCAAAACCCUCAUCUUAUCGUCACUUCCGGCGAGGAUGGUCGUGUUUGCUGGUUUGAUUUACGAUGCAAUGAUGAACCGCGGCUCAUUAUGGAUGUUAGCGAGGACUCGAUUCUUUCCUUGUGUUUCAAGUCAGGGAAUGAAGAUAAUAUUUAUGUCUCGUCAGGAAAAGAAAUCAACUGUUUUGAUGUGCGUCUGGCCGCCGCCAAAUGGGAGCCACUGGAGAAUUAUAAUUAUAACAAAGAGGAGAUAAACAAGGUUACAUGCAACUCAAGGUCCUCAUUUCUUGCUGCAGCAGAUGAUAGUGGCGAGGUGAAGAUAAUUGACAUAAAGCAGCAUUGCCUUUACAAAACAUUGAGAGCCGAAACUGGUCAUACAAGUAUAUGUAGCACGGUGGAAUUCCUUCCUUGGCGAUCUUGGGAAGUAAUUAGUGGUGGUCUUGAUUCAACUCUUGUGCUGUGGGAAUUCUCCAAAGCUCGUCCCUACAAAGUAGUCAAUUUCGGUACUGUAAGUAAUAGUGGGGCUGGGCAGUGUUUCAACCCUUCCUUGAUUCAUGCAAUAGCUGUCCCAGAAAUUGACAUGGUAGAUAAAUUAGGCAAGAUAUGUGCUGUUGCAGGGGGUGGAGUUAUUAAUGUGAUUGAUAUUGAAUCAGAAAUUGCUGCUGUAAGAUCAAAAAGCUCUUCAAAUACACGAAAAGGAUCACAAUCAAGAUUAAAAGACGGUAGUUCGACUAGCAAUACGGACGCAGAUCAUAAUGUAAAAAAGAGGUUGCAUUUUGAUUACAGUAUGGGUGGCCAUACUUCAGCUGUAUCUAGCCUGGCGUUUUCGUUGUUUGGGGAAAGAGGGAAAUUCUUAAUAUCGGGGGGAAAUGAUAAGUUGGUGAAGGUAUGGAACUGGUCUAGUUGUACUGAUGCUGGGUCAAGUGACAGCAACAAUGAUAUCCUACAUUUGAACAUUGGUGUACCUCAGAAGGUCAAUUGGCUAUGUACCACUUCAGCUGAUACAGACAACCUUGUUGUGUGCGACACAUCUAAAACCGUAAAAGUCUAUUCUAUAGCAUAUGCCACAAUUAUGCAGUGUCACUUUUACAAUGGCAAACCAAAUAGUCAGAGAGAUAUUAUACUUCUGAGUGAAGAAAUGAUGCAAUCUGGUGCUCCCCUCUGCAACAUAUGCGGGGAACAACUUUUGCUUAGUGAGAAUGGUGAAAGGUUUGUGGCUUGUCAUGACUGUAAUUAUCCAAUUUGUAAGGCAUGCUUUGAACAUGAAAUCAAUGAGGGACGUAGUGUUUGCUUGAACUGCGGCAGUCCCUAUCAAGGAAGAACAAAGGAUGGCAAUGAUGAUGAUGAUGGCAACAACGAUGGUGAUGUCAUCGAGGUUAACGAAAAUCCAUCCACUGUGGCUUCCGAAAUCAAUAACUCCGAGGAUGUUGGAGGACUUCAUGCUAGACAUGUCAAUACAGUUUCGGCAGUUGAUAAUGAAGAAGUAACCGAAGAAUCUGGGAAUUCAACAUGGAGAAAGAGAAUGAAAAGCUGGAAAGGGAAGGGAAAAGAUAAAAAGAACAAGAAUAAAAAGGCUGCGCCUUCUAAGGCUGAAAAUGAGGCUGCUGUUCCAUCAGAGCAGCAGAUGGAAGAAAUUCGGUCUACAGAGGCUGCUUCCCUGCCACUUUCAGUAGUUGUGCCAAUAGUAAAAUCCAAACUCGCACCAUACAGAACUGUGAUAAUUGUGCGCCUAAUAAUCUUGGGUCUUUUCUUCCACUAUCGAGUUACAAAUCCUGUUGAAAGUGCUUUUCCUCUGUGGUUGACUUCUAUCAUAUGUGAGAUUUGGUUCGCAUUUUCCUGGGUGUUGGAUCAGUUCCCUAAAUGGUCUCCUGUUAAUAGACACACUUUCAUCGAAAACCUGUCUGCAAGGUUUGAAAGAGAGGGUGAAUCUUCUGGACUUGCUUCUGUUGAUUUCUUUGUCAGUACGGUCGAUCCUCUGAAAGAACCACCGUUGAUUACAGCUAAUACAGUGCUUUCUAUCCUCGCGGUGGACUAUCCAGUCGAUAAAGUAUCUUGUUAUGUAUCAGAUGAUGGAGCAGCAAUGCUCACAUUUGAAUCUCUUGUGGAGACAGCUGAAUUUGCAAGGAAGUGGGUUCCAUUUUGCAAAAAGUUUUCGAUUGAACCAAGAGCACCUGAGUUUUACUUCUCACAAAAGAUUGACUACCUGAAAGACAAAGUGCAACCUUCUUUUGUGAAGGAACGUAGAGCAAUGAAGAGAGAAUAUGAAGAGUAUAAAGUACGAGUUAAUGCUAUGGUAUCUAAGGCUCAGAAAACACCAGAAGAAGGAUGGACUAUGCAAGACGGAACACCUUGGCCUGGCAAUAAUUCGCGUGAUCACCCUGGAAUGAUUCAGGUCUUCCUCGGACACACUGGUGCCCGUGAUAUCGAAGGAAAUGAGCUUCCUAGGCUGGUUUAUGUAUCUAGAGAGAAAAGACCAGGAUACCAACACCACAAAAAAGCAGGUGCCGAAAAUGCGCUGGUGAGAGUGUCUGCAGUUCUCACAAAUGCCCCCUUCAUUCUCAAUCUUGAUUGUGAUCAUUACGUUAACAACAGUAAGGCUGUCCGAGAAGCUAUGUGUUUUCUCAUGGAUCCAGAAGUUGGUAGAGAUGUUUGUUAUGUACAGUUCCCCCAAAGAUUUGAUGGUAUUGAUCGUAGUGAUCGGUAUGCCAACCGCAAUACAGUUUUCUUUGAUGUUAACAUGAGAGGACUUGAUGGCAUUCAAGGACCGAUGUACGUGGGGACUGGAUGUGUUUUCAAUCGACAAGCACUUUAUGGCUAUAGCCCACCUUCUCUGGCCAAUUUAUCAAUAUCUUCAUGCUGUUGCUUCUCCUCAAAAUCCACCAAAGACGUGUCGCGGGUUUCUAGAGAUGCAAAGAGGGCAGAUCUUGAAGCUGCCAUUUAUAAUCUCAGAGAGAUUGACAAUUAUGACGAAAACGAGAGGUCAAUGUUGAUUUCACAAAUAGGCUUUGAAAAAACUUUUGGCUUGUCUACUGUUUUCAUUGAAUCUGCAUUAAUGGAUAAUGGAGGAGGGGUGCCAGAAACCUUAGAUCCUGCAAUGCUGAUCAAGGAGGCCAUUCAUGUGAUUAGCUGUGGAUACGAAGAGAAGACUGAAUGGGGAAAAGAGAUUGGAUGGAUUUAUGGUUCAGUUACCGAGGAUAUCUUAACAGGAUUCAAGAUGCAGUGCCGAGGAUGGAGGUCAAUCUACUGCAUGCCCUUAAGGCCUGCAUUCAAAGGAUCAGCACCUAUCAACUUGUCUGAUCGGUUGCACCAAGUCCUUCGAUGGGCGCUUGGAUCCGUUGAAAUUUUCUUAAGUCGACACUGUCCCCUUUGGUAUUCAAUUGGAGGAGGCCGUCUCAAAUGGCUUCAGAGAUUAGCUUAUAUAAACACCAUUGUCUACCCUUUUACAUCACUUCCUCUAGUUGCGUAUUGUACUUUGCCAGCAAUUUGCCUUCUUACAGGAAAAUUCAUCAUCCCAACGCUUUCCAACGUUGCAAGUGUUCUCUUUCUUGGACUUUUCCUCUCAAUUAUAGUGACAAGCGUGCUUGAGCUGCGAUGGAGUGGUGUUUGUAUUGAAGAUUUGUGGCGUAACGAGCAGUUUUGGGUGAUCGGAGGUUCUUCGGCUCAUCUGUUCGCCGUGUUCCAAGGAUUUCUUAAGAUGUUGGCUGGUGUUGACACCAACUUCACUGUCACGGCUAAGGCUGCCGAGGAUACUGAGUUUGGCGAACUUUAUCUUAUCAAAUGGACUACUCUCUUGAUUCCACCAACAACCCUUAUCAUUAUUAACAUGGUUGGCGUUGUUGCUGGAUUUUCUGAUGCACUAAAUGGAGGAUAUGAGUCUUGGGGGCCUCUUUUUGGGAAGGUUUUCUUUGCCUUUUGGGUGAUUUUUCAUCUCUAUCCAUUCCUAAAGGGUCUCAUGGGUCGCCAAAACCGCACUCCUACCAUUGUUAUUCUGUGGUCAGUGUUGUUAGCCUCUGUCUUCUCUAUUAUCUGGGUUAAGAUAGAUCCAUUUGUGAACAAAGUUGACAGUGAGACCAUUGCUGAAACUUGUGUUGCUAUAGAUUGUUGAGUCACUUGAAGAGUUUUGGGAACUAUAUGUAAAAAGAUGCAUACAUGGGAUAAUGAUUCGAUCCAUUGUUUGUGUAAAGUCAUAACUCAUCAUAGGAUUGGUUCUUUGUUGAAAUGUGUAACCAUGUUGAACUAAGAUUGGAAAUAUAUGUUAUAAGCUUUGGACAAA